AUGCCGCUCCCAAUCAACAACCCAACGACGCCGCCCCCCCCCACCCAAACCGCAAUCCUCACCCUCGCCACCGGCGCCCUCGCCAUCUGCCCCACCCACCCCACCCCCCCCGCCCACCCCCACCACAACACCCUCCUCGUCCGCACCCACGCCCUGGCCCUAAACCCCUCCGACCACAAGAUGCCCACCCGCCUCCGGACGCCCGGCCUCGCCGCCGGGUGCGACUUCGCCGGCACGAUCGCCGCCGUGGGCUCCGACCCGGACGCGCCCGCCCGGCCCGGCUGCGCCCCCUGGGCCGUCGGCGACCGCGUCUGCGGCGCCGUGCACGGCUGCAACGUGCUGCGGCCCGGGGCGGGGGCGUUCGCGCGCUGGGUGGAGGCGGACCCGGUGGUGUUGGUGCGGAUGCCGCGGGGCUGGGGCUGGGCGGAGGGGGCGGCGUUGGGGGGCAGUUGCGUGGGGGCGGUGGGGUUGGGGCUGUUUCGGGAGAUGGGGCUGGAGGGGCCGAGGGAGGGGGGGCCGGGGGGAGAGGCGGCGGGGUUGGGGCGGACGGUGCUCGUGUAUGGGGGAAGCACGGCGUGUGGGACGAUGGCGGUGCAGUUGUUGCGGCUAGCCGGCUACAUCCCCAUCACCACCUGUUCCCCCCACAACAACGCCCAAGCCACCUCCUACGGCGCCGCCGCCACCUUCGACUACCGCUCGCCCACGUGCGCAUCCGACAUCAAAGCCCACACCCAAAACUCCCUCCGCUUCGCCCUCGACUGCAUCGGCACGGCGCAGUCCACCGCGCUCUGCCACGAGGCCAUCGGCCGCAGCGGGGGCCGCUACGUCGCGCUGGAGCGGUACCCGGAGUCCGCCGCCGGCCGCCGGAACGUGCGGGGCAGCUGGGUGCUCGGCCCCGUGAUGUUCGGGCGGCGGAUCGAGAUGGAGGGGUACGGCCGGGACGCGGACGCCGGGGCUCGGGAGUUUGGGCGCGAGUGGUACGCGUGCGUGGAGCGCUUGGCGAGGGAGGGGAAGGUGAGGGUGCAUCCGCCGAGGAGGCUUGGUGGCAGGGGAGGGUGGGCGCGGGCUGUGUUGGAGGGUUUGGAGAUGAUGAAGAUGGGGAAGGUGAGUGGGGAGAAGUUGGUUGUUGAGAUGGACGAGCAGGUGGACGAGCAGGUGUAG